GCCAUAAUCACUCUGAGUAUCAUAGUCGUAUGCGGCGCCUUCUGCGCCAUUGUUUUUUGCGUCAUGUGCAGACAGCAACGGCGACGUGCAAAGGCCGUACGCAAGCUGCAGGAAGAGUACAGCCCAUUUAUUGGACGCUAUUAUACUGUGCCAGCCGACCCGCAAAGCAAUCCGACAGUGCCUCAAUAUCCCCAGGAGCCUCUUGUGCAACAGCACUACGAUGGGCCUAUGGAACUACAGGGGAGUGGUAGGCCUGUUCCUCAGGCUCCACAGCAGUUGGAUGGAUACGCUGUAGUGCCGACAUUUGAGGAGAGCACACCAGUCGAACUACCCGCAAGCGCUCUCUACUCCAACGCAGAUUCCAAGCGUGCAAGAUACAAAUGAGACAUGCCUGGAUGCAUUCAAUCGAGCCAACCUCUCAAUCCACUUCAACCCCAUUACAUCGACAACAUGAUAUCCCCAUCUUCAGCACCAUCAAGUCCUCAAGCUACCAUUUGUCCCCACAAAUUUCCCAUGGCAACCAAG